AAGGGAUCCUCUCUGCAGCUUCUCACUGUCACUAGCAAAAAAAACCCUGAAGCAGAGAUGGCAAGAUCGGGUUCGUUGGCUGUUACAGCGCUGUGGACUUUAGUCCUUUUCGGAACCCUGACUCUCAUCCAGGCGAAGAAGUCGAAGGAAGAUUUGAAGGAGAUUACCCAUAAAGUUUACUUUGAUGUUGAGAUUGAUGGAAAACCAGCUGGUCGCAUUACCAUCGGACUAUUUGGCAAGACAGUUCCAAAGACCGUAGAAAAUUUCCGGGCGCUGUGCACUGGAGAAAAGGGUGUUGGAAAGAGUGGGAAACCUCUUCACUACAAGGGGAGUGCAUUCCACAGGAUUAUUCCCAGCUUUAUGAUCCAGGGAGGUGAUUUUACACUUGGUGAUGGUAGAGGGGGAGAAUCAAUUUACGGGGAGAAGUUUGCGGAUGAGAAUUUCAAGUUGAAGCAUACCGGACCUGGAAUUUUAUCAAUGGCAAACGCUGGUUCUGAUACAAAUGGCUCACAGUUUUUCAUCACAACAGUGACAACUAGCUGGUUGGAUGGCAGACAUGUUGUGUUUGGUAAGGUCAUAUCUGGAAUGGAUGUGGUUUACAAGGUUGAAGCUGAAGGCAGGCAAAAUGGCACACCCAAGAGCAAGGUUGUUGUCGCGGACAGUGGUGAACUCCCUUUGUAAGUGUCCGUGAUUUCCCUUCCUCCCCCACCUAAACCAGCAUGUCCGGUGAUAAUGGGUGUUCUUUUCACAUGAUGUAGCAGAAGACUGCAUAAGGUGAGAUAAACUGCGCUCUGAUAUUUUAGAGAUGUUUUAAGUGGCCUUUAUGAAAUGCUUUCACGUAAGAACUAUGUGAUGUACCAAAUGCAUCUGAAAUACUAGUGAUGGAUUGUUAUUUGGCGCACGGCAUCGAAGUGCCGAAGAUGUUGGGUUAGUUAAAUUUAUAUAAUUUUUAAUCCAAUCAGACACAGAUUUAUGA